GCUUUGUGUGUGCCCACGAUUUGAUACACCUUCCAAACAAAAUCAGCCUUAAUUGCAAUAUUUUAGUGCUAAACCUUUGCUGUUUUAUCUCCCUAAUAAUCAAAGUCUGCUACUGAGAAACGCCACCAAUCACCAUCCAUCCUAAAGAUGAACGGCCUUAAGCAGUAAGCCUUCUGGCUCGCCUCUGAACCUUACACUAUAAAUCUCCAGUACCAAGAAAGGUUGUAGACACGAUACCGGAAGGCUAUUGGGAGAGCGGCCUCGCCAACAGUGAAAUGGCUGAAGUCUUCAUUAGACGUGUAAGAACUGUUCCAAGCACAAAGCAUUCGAUGCCAUGGAAAAUUUUCUCUCUGUCAGCCCUCGAUCACUGCAUGGAAUUUAACAGCCUUCGCAUCAUUUACUACUACAAGUUUCCCGGCGAAGAAUCAAUUACCAGGAGGUUGCUGCAGUCACUUUCAGAAGCGCUAACGAGCUUUCCGGUGAUAACCGGGAGGCUCCUAAUGGAUGACAAAGGGAAUUGGACGAUCAAAAGCAAUGAUGCUGGAGUCAGGGUGAUACAAGCUACAACAGGAGUGAGCCUUGAUGAGUGGAUGAAGAUUGCAGGUAACCGUGACGAGAUCAGACUUACAUACUGGGAUUACGAGCACGAAAAAUCAUAUGUCUGGUCUCCCCUUCACAUCCAGCUAACAGAGUUUGAAGGUGGAGGGUUAGCGAUCGGAUUGAGCUGCACUCAUCUAGUUGCAGAUAUGGCCUCCCUCACCAUGUUGGUCAAAGCUUGGGCAGAUACGCAUGCACUGAAAGAGAGACCACAGCCUCCUUCUUUCUAUCCCUUACCUGCAAAAGCUUGCAAGAAAACAUUUUCUAAGCUUGAAAAUGGGAUGAUAGAGUGCUACAAGUCCAUGUCUAAACCAAUCGACACUGAAACUCCAUGUCCAGAGACGUGCGAGCCCAAAUACGAGACACUUGCAUUUCUCUUCACCGAGGAACAGAUAAGCAAGUGCAUGGAGGCAGCACAACUUGGGUCAGUCAAUGAACCUGCAGCUUCUGCCGCGUUUGAGGUCCUUGCUGCCUUGUUUUGGAUCAGUUGCACCAAAGCAAAGAAGAAACCCAAAUUAGUGGACCUGUUAGUGUGCAUUGACAUGAAGAAGACAAUGGGGUUUCGAUCCGAUUUUUUUGGCAAUUCCAUGGUUUUCAAUAAAGUAUAUGGCUCAGACGAGAUGUUAAGAGAUAAUGAGUUAAGAUCUGCAUCAAGGGCUGUACAUGGUACUGUUAGGAAGAUGGGAGAGGAGGAGAUGCUGGAUCUUCUUCAAUACAUGGAAUCAAAUAGAGAUGAGUAUGGUCGACUUCCGAAGACUGUCUUGCACUAUGGACCUGACCUAGUCUGCAUUAACUUGGAGAACUUGGAACCAUACUCUGCUAUAUUUCAGAAAGGAACAGAGCCUCUUCAUGUCUCUUUCCACUCAUUGCCCAUGGUUGGCAGCGAGGGACAGAUUAUGAUUCUUCCGUCCCCACAAGGGGGAUUGAGCAGGAUGGUCAUGGUUUCGCUCCCGCUGGAUCAGAUCAGAAGACUUAGGGAAGAUGCAGCUAUACUAGGCUUCAACCCAACUAUACUUGGGGGGACGAGGAAACCAUGAGCAACAUAAUCUUGGAUGUGCUUUUAAUAGGCUAUGCACAACUUUGAGUGGAUCAUGAAAGAGAACCAAUAAUGCUUUUAUUCUAGCAAUCUUGGGCUUUCUAAUCUUGAGAAGUAUCAGAAAUCUUCUUCAAAAUAUCUGCUUUUCCAAUUCUUGAACUGGUAAUGCUUAUCAUUCCUUACAAUC